UUUCCGUUUGGUAUAUCUCUCCCGCGCUGAUCCUCCUCAUUCUCAGUUCGCAUUACCAUUACUCUUUUGUUCGUCCUAGAUUAGCAGCACUCCAUAGAUCUCACCGACGAUCGGGAAAAUGGCGAGUUGGUUCGGGUCCGCCCAGACACCCAUGAUCGUCACGAACACGCCGUCGCAGGACCUCGCUCUUACCAAUCUGGCCUUCUGCUCACCCUCUGAUCUUCAGAACUUCGCUGUUCCGGGCUUCAAAAACAUCUUCCUCGCUCUGAUCGGGGACUCCUUCGUCUUCUCUCUUGCUUCUCACGGAAACAUUAGCAGCGGCCAUAUUGCACUAAAUUCGAUUCAGCGUCGGUGUGCCAAAGUUUCUGCUGCUGAGUCGAUACCUGUGAGCAGAUUUGUUCCACCUGACAAUUUCAACCUAGCAAUGUUGACCCUUGAGUUGGACUUCAUCAAAAAGGGAAGUAAAAGUGAACAGAUUGAUGCAGUUCAGCUGGGUAAGCAGCUCAAAAAGAGAUUUGUAAACCAGGUCAUGACUGUGGGGCAGAAAGUGUUGUUUGAGUAUCAUGGAAAUAAUUAUAGUUUCACAGUCAAUCAAGCUGCUGUUGAGGGUCAAGAAAAAUCUAAUUCUCUUGAAAGAGGGAUGCUAUUGGAUGACACAUACAUUGUAUUUGAAACAUCACGUGAUAGUGGAAUAAAGAUUGUCAAUCAGCGUGAGGCUGCCACAAGCAACAUUUUUAAGCAGAAGGAGUUCAACCUUCAGUCUCUGGGUAUUGGGGGUUUGAGUGCAGAAUUUGCAGAUAUAUUUCGAAGAGCUUUUGCAUCUCGUGUUUUCCCUCCCCAUGUGACUUCUAAACUAGGGAUCAAGCAUGUGAAGGGCAUGCUGCUUUAUGGACCUCCUGGUACUGGGAAAACUCUUAUGGCACGUCAAAUUGGAAAAAUUUUGAAUGGGAAGGAGCCAAAGAUUGUAAAUGGUCCGGAAGUCUUGAGUAAAUUUGUUGGUGAAACUGAGAAGAAUGUAAGGGACCUCUUUGCUGAUGCUGAAAGGGAUCAGAAGACUCUAGGGGAUGAAAGUGAAUUGCAUGUUAUAAUUUUUGAUGAAAUUGAUGCUAUUUGCAAGUCAAGAGGUUCAACUCGAGAUGGCACAGGAGUUCAUGACAGCAUUGUGAAUCAACUUCUCACCAAGAUAGAUGGUGUGGAGUCUCUGAAUAAUGUUUUGCUUAUUGGAAUGACCAACAGAAAAGACAUGCUGGAUGAAGCUCUUUUGAGGCCUGGGCGACUAGAAGUCCAAGUUGAGAUAAGCCUUCCUGAUGAAAAUGGCCGACUGCAGAUUCUUCAGAUUCACACUAACAAGAUGAAGGACAAUUCUUUUUUAUCUCCUGAUGUGAAUCUUCAAGAGCUUGCUGCUCGAACCAAAAACUACAGUGGUGCAGAACUUGAAGGUGUUGUGAAGAGUGCAGUAUCAUUUGCUUUAAACAGGCAACUUAGUCUAGAUGAUCUCACCAAGCCAGUGGAGGAAGAGAAUAUCAAGGUUACAAUGGACGAUUUUUUGAAUGCACUUCAAGAAGUUGUUCCUGCAUUUGGAGCUUCAACUGAUGAUCUUGAAAGAUGCAGGCUUGGUGGCAUGGUGGAUUGUGGUGAUAGACAUAGGCACAUUUACCAAAGAGCUAUGCUACUUGUGGAGCAAGUUAAAGUGAGUAAAGGAAGCCCAAUUAUUACUUGUCUUCUGGAAGGCCCUAGUGGCAGUGGUAAAACAGCACUUGCAGCUACUGUUGGCAUUGACAGCGAUUUCCCAUAUGUCAAGAUUGUUUCAGCUGAAUCAAUGAUUGGUCUCCAUGAAAGCACUAAAUGUGCACAGAUUAUCAAGGUUUUUGAGGAUGCAUACAAGUCACCAUUGAGCGUUAUUAUUCUUGAUGACAUUGAGAGAUUAUUGGAGUAUGUGGCUAUUGGUCCGCGGUUUUCAAAUUUGAUUUCUCAGACAUUACUAGUCCUGCUAAAACGGCUUCCUCCAAAGGGGAAAAAGUUGCUGGUUAUUGGUACAACAAGUCAACUGAUUUUCCUGGACUCAAUUGGAUUCUGCGAUACUUUCUCUGUCACUUACCACGUCCCUACAUUGAACACAAAUGAUGUGAAGAAGGUUCUAAGACAGUUGAAUGUCUUUGCUGAGGGCGAUAUUGAUGAUGCUGCGGAGGCCUUGAAUGAUAUGCCUAUCAAGAAGCUAUAUACGUUGAUUGAGAUGGCAGCCCAAGGUGAACAUGGUGGAUCUGCAGAAGCAAUCUAUUCUGGCAAAGAGAAGAUUGAGCUAUCUCACUUCUAUGAUUGCCUUCAGGAUAUUGUCCGAGUAUGAUUUUUGUCGAGUUUCUUCGGUUAGAGAUUAUAGAUCCACCCUCGUUGUGCUGUAAUCCUAUUAUUUUAAUCUUGUUUUAUUCAUUUCUCUUAUUCCAACCUUGUUAUGUGGGUAGUGUAUCUCCAUCACCUUACCUUUCACCUGCUGAUUUUUCUGGGAGGCUAGAGUUUGCAGUUCUUGCUUUAUCACGUUAACUAGGCCUGAUUCUGACAUUGCGGCCAAAUUACAAAAUUUUUGUGUAUGAGGCUCAAUUAUUGAAUGACUUGAUAAUUUAGCUUGUAAUAUUGAUUUUUUUCACACAGCAUUAUUUUCAAAA